AUGGAGAGCUGCCCCAGCUGGUGCAUGAGCUGCCCCCUCGGCGCUCUCCCAGUGGAGCUGCCGCCAGCGCCGCAGGCGGUUCAGCACUGGCAGCCCCCACCAGCGGAGCAGGUGGCGGAGCAGGCGGAGGCGCCGGCGCCCCGUUCCCACACGCAGCGGCUGGAGCGGCAGACGCAGCCCCGGCAGACCGGCAAGACGCAUCUCCACCCUGCUGCGCAUGAGCAUGAGGGGCCCGCAGCGGCAGCGGCCGCGAUGGCCAUCGCGCCGCUGGAGCUCGGGGAGCUCGACGGCGCACGGAUGGUUGCCGCCGCCGAGGCCGCUGGCGGCGGCCUCGGAGUCGGCGCAGAAGCUCCGCGGGGGCCCGCGGGGGGAGCCCAGGAGGAGGCCGCUGCCGCCGCAGCCCGCGCAGCGGGACCUGGCGAGGGGCUGGAACGUGCUGCUGGGCGAGAUCGGGGAGUCGGCUCGGCGCCUGCGCGUCGUGAAGGGCUCCGAGGCCACCUCCGCGCAUGCCGCCGGCGACAGCUCGCGGGCGCUCCCCGCAGGCUUGGAGGAGGGCGGCCGCGCGCUUUCGCAGGACACCGAGGCCUUGCUGCAGCGCAGCACGCGGUCCGGCGCGCCGACCAACCCAGAGACCGCGCUCUGGCGCUCCUACAGCAUCGACGAGCGGAUCGUGCCGGACUCCACGAUCGAGGACAUGUGGCGGCGCGCAUCAGAGCCUGCUUGCAGGGAUCUGGAGAUCGCCCCACUGGACAGGGUGCCGCGCCUCACCGUAACGAACCACGAGGUCCAGCCACUGCCCGCGGUCCACGGCCUCGAGCACUGGCGCGCGGACAGGAGAGCGCGCCGCGAGGGGCGGACGGAACGGCACAACGCGGAGGAGCAGCCCAGCCUGGGGGAAAUGAUGCGCACCAUCUUCGGCUGCGACGCGCCCCCGAAGGCCCAGACGCGCGCCUUCGCCGCCGAGCGGCUCGGGCCGCUGGCGGAGACGCCCGGCCCUCCAGAGGAGGAGCCCGCCGCGCCGGCGGGCGGCCGCGGGAGCCCGCGGGCGCGGGCCGCCGCGCCCGGCGAGGAGGAGCUGCAGGAGGAG